GGGAAAAAGUUGUGUUGUUUUGCAUGUUGCUUUUGAAUUUGAGUUUUGUUUUAUGCUUAAAAGUUAAAAAGAAAAAGAAAAAGGAAGAUUUAGUUUUCACGGCAUAAAGUGUGGAUUCGGUGCAGUUCAGUAGACUGUGAUCGGAUCCACUGGAUAAUUUAUCGUGAUGCUGAGAGCUCUGUUCUUGGAGUUUCUUAAUAGGAGUUCAAUUUGUAAUGCAUUCUGUUGACGAAAGUAAAGAAAAGAAGACGAAUUUGAAAAGAUCAAGGUCAUCAUCUCUUCGCGAUAUGCCCGCGACUAACAGCCCUGCUACACUAACUCCUGACCACUGCAAUGAUGUUUUCUCUAUUAAAGAGAUAGUUCAAUCACCAUUACCCGGCUAUGUAGCACCUACUUCUAUUAGUUUUAGUCCAGAUGAUAGUACGAUUGUGUAUCUUUUUAGUCCUGAGCAAAAUUUGAGUAGAAAAGUUUAUUCUUUUGAUCUCAAUGCUGGCAAGCAAGAUUUAUUCUUCUCUCCCCCGGAUGGUGGACUUGAUGAGAGUAAUAUAUCACCAGAAGAGAAGUUGAGGAGGGAGAGGUCCAGAGAGCGUGGUCUGGGAGUCACACGAUAUGAAUGGGUGAAGACUAUCUCCAAGAAGAAAACUAUUAUGGUGCCUUUACCUGGUGGGAUUUAUUUCCAGGAUUUUUCUGGUUCAGAACCAGUGCUUAAGCUUCGAAGCACAUCAUCAUCACCAAUAAUUGAUCCACAUCUUUCCCCAGAUGGUACCAUGCUUGCUUACAUAAAAGAUUAUGAGCUACAUGUCCUAAAUCUUUUGUACAACGAACAAAGACAAUUAACCUAUGGUGCCAACGGGAGCACUGUGACUCAUGGACUUGCAGAGUAUAUAGCUCAGGAGGAGAUGGAUAGAAAAACUGGGUAUUGGUGGUCACUUGAUGGCAAGUUCAUUGCAUUUACAGAGGUUGAUUAUUCUGAGAUACCACUUUUUAGAAUUAUGCACCAAGGUAAAAGCUCAGUUGGUCUAGAGGCACAAGAAGACCACGCAUAUCCUUUUGCAGGGGCUUCAAAUGUCAAGGUUCGGCUUGGGGUGGUGUCCACCUCUGGCAGUCCUGUCACCUGGAUGGAUCUUAUCUGUGGGGGACCAAACUAUGAUGAUGAAUAUUUGGCUAGAGUCAAUUGGAUGCAUGCAAAUUUUCUUAUAGUGCAAAUCUUAAAUAGGUCUCACUCCAAACUAAAGAUCCUUAAGUUUGAUAUCAAGACAGGCCAAAAAAAUGUUGUGAUGGUUGAAGAGCUAAAACCUUGGAUUAAUCUACAUGAUUGUUUUACACCUCUGGACAAAGGAGGUUUCAUCUGGGCAAGUGAAAACACAGGAUUCAGACAUCUUUAUCUGCAUGAUGCUAAUGGGAUUUUCUUAGGACCCAUUACAGAGGGUGAUUGGAUGGUUGAGCAAAUUGCCGGUAUAAAUGAGACUGCAGGGCUUGUAUAUUUCACUGGAAAUCUCGAUGGACCUUUAGAAUCGCACCUUUACUAUGCCAAAUUAUGCCCAGAUGAAAAUUCAACCAUGCAAGCUCCUGUCAGAUUGACUCAUGGCAAGGGAAAACAUGUAGUUGUGCUUGAUCAUCACAUGCAGAAAUUUGUUGAUAUUUAUGAUUCACUUGAUUCUCCCCCUAGAGUUUCUCUAUGCAACUUGAUUGGCGGAAGUGUAAUAAUGUCUAUUUAUGAGCCCCCGUCCAUAAUUCCCGGGAUUGAAAAACUUCAGCUUGAGUCUCCAGAGAUAGUCCACAUAGAGGCAAAUGAUGGUACCAGACUAUAUGGGGCUUUAUACAAGCCUGACGCAACAAGAUUUGGACCCCCACCAUACAAAACCUUGGUCAGUGUGUAUGGUGGUCCUGGUGUUCAGCUUGUUUACAAUUCUUGGAUAAAUACAGUUGACAUGCGAGCUCAGUACUUGCGGAGCAAGGGCAUUUUAGUUUGGAAGUUAGAUAAUAGAGGAACCGCAAGACGUGGACUGAAGUUUGAAGGCUUUCUCAAAGGCAACAUUGGCGGUGUUGAUGCCAAGGAUCAGCUCACUGGUGUUGAAUGGCUAAUUAAACAGGGGCUGGCAAAGCCUGGCCAUAUCGGGUUGUACGGUUGGAGCUAUGGUGGUUAUCUGUCGGCCAUGGUGUUGGCCAGGUUCCCUGAUGUUUUCCAAUGUGCCAUCUCCGGUGCUCCUGUAACAUCAUGGGAUGGCUACGACACAUUUUACACUGAGAAGUACAUGGGGUUCCCUUCCGAGGAUGCUGAAAGUUACGAGUACGGCUCUGUGAUGCACCAUGUUAACAAGAUGAAAGGAAAACUUCUGUUGGUCCAUGGCAUGAUCGAUGAAAAUGUACAUUUUAGGAACACGGCGAGGCUUGUUAAUGCACUUGUGGCUGCUGGCAAACCAUACGAGUUACUGAUUUUUCCGGAUGAACGCCAUAUGCCGCGUCGUCAUAGGGAUCGGAUCUACAUGGAAGAGAGGAUAUGGGAAUUCAUUGAGAGGAGCUUGUAAGGUAAAUUUCCAUGUUUAUACAUCAUCUCUUCAAUAAUAAAUAUUAGAUUG